GUCCCAGCACGGGACAUGCCGCGGAACCCCCUCACCGGACCGGACCGCUCCGUUCCCGUUCCGUUACCUGCGACACCGCCUCCGCCAUGGCGCGAACAGCCGCUGUUCCUCCCCGGCCCCGCCGCCUUUAAGGCGUCCCGCCCCCACCCCGGCGGAAGCGGGAGGCGGCUCCGAGCCCCUGCCCGAACCGCGGGAAUGGGUCUGGAAGCUCUGCGGCUGCGGGUCGUGCGUUGGGCGCUCCUGGUCGCCUUCGGGGCCGGGGUGCUGGUGGGCUGGCAGGGGGGACGGGCCCGGCGCCGCUUCCUCCUCUGGCGCAAGCGGUGGCUGCAGAGCCGGCUGGAAGCCGCACAGAAGAAGUUGGAGACGGCCUGAGGCGAGAAGGAAACCUCGGUGGGUCCUGACAGGUCAUCGGCUGGGCCUUUUGGUUGUCUUCUUCAGCAGGCUGGCUUUGGUGGACGCGGCGUGAGAACUGGAGAUGUUUUGGAAAGGUCUGGGGGAAACCGUGUCCAAGCGCUUGCCAGGAAAGGAAAGUGCCCGAGGGAUGCCAGUGCCGAUCCUCAGCCCUGCAUAAGACAAGAUCAGAUCUGCAUCAGACUGACCUAACAAAGCACUGAGGGUGUGAGAACAACAACACCAAGUUUAUUUCUCUAUGUCUGUAUCUGUCUUGCUUUAAAGCCUGCUGCCGAGGUACGCGGCUCUGCCCUCGCCCAGAAGCUCAGCCGAUGUAUUAAACUGGCAAAAAUCAUGA